AUUUUUUACCAGCCGGCUGUGAGACAAAUUUAUAAAUUCUUGGCGGCAGCAUGGCUGCGAAUCCAAAUCCUUUGGGCUCAGUUCCGCUUGCCUCGUCUGCACAGAUGCCGCCGGCGACCCAAAAUCCUGCUUUUCCAACCGCCGCUGCAAUCGUAAACAAUUUUCGGGAACUGAUUAAAGAUCCCAAGACUCUGGACGAUGCUGCCAACUAUUUGUAUCAGACGUUGCUCGACGAUGCUGUUGCUGGCAUUUUCAUUGAGACGCACCAUUUGCGCAAAACCGGCAACUUAUCGGCCCUAGACGGAGUGGUCGAGGACAACGCGGAGUCCACGUAUCGCAUUUGUGAAAUGCCCAACUUGGACAUUUUUGGAAUAUCCACAGCUAAAAAACCUAUGGACUGCACAUGCCCAAACUGUGAUAGACUAGUGGCAGCAGCUCGCUUUGCCCCGCAUCUUGAAAAAUGCAUGGGUAUGGGCCGCAUUUCCUCUCGCAUUGCCAGCCGUCGAUUAGCUACAAAGGAGGGCACCAGCGCCAGUUCCAGCUCAUCAUCCACCUAUUUGCAGUCCGGCGGCAAUACUGGCGGCACCGAUGACGAGGAUGAUGUAGACUGGUCCUCUGACAAACGUAAAAAAAAAUCAACACAAAACUCAAGAAACAAUGGCUCCAAAAAGAACAAUGGCAAGACAUUUUAGAAAUUCAGAACAGGAACUACUAAAAUAAUUAUCAUGCUUAUACUUGUAGUAUAUAUUAUUAAUAAAUAAAUAAUCAAGGUUCAUCUAAA